AUGGGCACGGCGGCGAAGAGGCGCGAGAAGCGCAAAGCGGCGAAGGCCGCGGCCGCGCAGGGCAAGGGCAAGAAGGCCGCCAAGGGCAAGAAGGCUGCGGCGGCGGCGGCGGCGGCGGCGACCGACUCCGAGGACGACGUCGUCAUCGAGUACGUCGCCGCGCCCCCCGAGGUUGACGACGCCGACGGCGGGGCGUUCAAGGAGUUUGGGGAGAUCUUCGCCAAGUUCGCCUCGCGCGAGGACGGCGUGGCGGCGACGUUCGUCAAACGCGAGGAGGGCGUCGACGCCGCGGAGACCGAGGGCGGCGUGAAGAAGGAGGAGGGCGACGCCAAGGAGGAGAACGACGGCGACGACGAGGGCGGCGAAGACUCCGACGACGAGGAUGAGCUCAGCCGGAAGAAGAAGAAGCUGCUGACGCGGAUGAAGAUCGCCGAGCUCAAGCAGCACUGCUCCAAGCCCGAGGUGGUGGAGGUGUGGGAUACCAGCGCGGCGGACCCGAGGCUGCUCGUUUACCUCAAGGCGUAUCGCAACACCAUCCCGGUGCCCGCGCACUGGAGCCAGAAGCGAAAGUUUCUGCAGGGGAAGCGCGGCAUCGAGAAGCCGCCGUGGCAGCUGCCGGGUUUCAUCGAGGCCACCGGCAUCCAGAAACUUCGCGACGCCUACGCCGAGAAGGAGGAUCAGAAGCGGCUGAAGCAGAAGGGUAAGGAUCGGACCACCGCCAAGCUGGGAAAGAUCGACAUCGACUACCAGGUGCUCCACGACGCCUUCUUCAAGUUUCAGACGAAACCCAAGAUGUCCAAAGUCGGCGAGUUGUACUUCGAGGGCAAGGAGUUCGAGAUGGACUUGGGGGGAAAGAAGCCCGGCGUGCUCUCCGAGGAGGUGAAGGAGGCGCUCGGCAUGUCCGACGACGGCCCUCCCCCGUGGCUCAUCAACAUGCAGCGAUACGGCCCUCCCCCGUCGUAUCCCAACCUGAAGAUCCCCGGGCUGUCCGCGCCGAUCCCCCCGGGCGCGGCGUUCGGGUACCACCCCGGCGGAUGGGGCAAACCCCCGGUCGACGAGUACGGCAACCCCAUCUACGGCGACGUGUUCGGCGUGUACGGCACGAAGGAGCACGACGAUCGCACCCCCUACGACGCCGUCGUCGACAAGACCAAACGAUGGGGCCAGAUGGAGGAGCUCUCCGAGUCUGAGAGCGAAUACGAGGAGGACGAGGAGGACGAGGAGGACGGCGACGGCACGGAGCUCGGGGACGACGACGUUCGCGCGGGUAUCGCGUCCAUGUCCAGCCUGCAGACGGGCGUGGAGACGCCCGCCGCGCCGCUCGACCUUCGCAAGCGAUCGGGCCCCGCCUCGGAGGCGGAACCCGCCCGGGAGCUCUACCAGGUUUUACAGACGAAGGACGCGGGCGUCGCGGGGACGGACAUCAUGGGCAGCGCGCACACGUACGUGGUACCCAGCGAGAGGGUGGGCUUGGUUCCCGGGAGCAAGGAGGAGCAACGGGCGGCGGCGGCGGCGGCGAGGGAGGGCACCGACAUCGCGUUAAACCCGGAGGACCUGGAGCGGGGUCUGGACGAGGCGGGCGUGGCGGCGAGGUACGACGCGGAGGUGGCGGCGCGGAAGGCGAGCGCGGCGCCGGAGGAUUUCUCGGACAUGGUGGCGGAUCAGGCGAGGCGGGCGAAGCGGAAGGCGGACCAGAAGAGCAAGGAGAAGGAUGCCAAAAAGUUCAAGUUUUAGUUAAAGCGUUUUCGACGGCGUUUGACGGCGACGACGCUCGCGCGAAGAGGAC